AUGGCGGAGGCCGACGGUCCCACGCAGCUGCUGGAGGUGUGCGGGCGGAGGCUGUCCCGGUUCCUCCGUGACGCCGAGCACAAGCACUUGGCGUGGCUGCGGGAGGUGGAGGAGCAGGGCAUGAGGAUGCUGGAUAGCAACUUUGGGGCUGAACCUGAAUUAAUGCCCAAAACACCAUCACAGAGGAGACGUCCCAAGAAAAGGCAGUCCUCCUGCCUGAAAGAUGAAAAUAAGGAGCCAAAUAGAAGGAGGUUGUCCAGAAGGAGAAGCAGCAUCAAGCCAGUGUCUUCCAAGCCAAGUUCCCAAAGGUGCCACAGCAAAGAGCAACCCCAGAACCCUGGCUCUCAGGGGGAAGAGAUGUCUGUGCCUGACUCUGCGGCGAGGUCUCAGGCCAGUGUUAAAACCGAGCUCCCAGCACUGACUGGGAAGUGGCCAGCAGAAGGUCCUGUGGCGAAGACGGAUAAGAUGGAUUGUCAGGACUGCCCUCAGGGUGCCGACAGCGGUGAUGCAGCCUGUAAGGCUGUUACGGGGGAGCAGUUGCCCAAGGGGGAUGCAGCCACUGAGCUGCACAAUGUGUCUUCUGUCACUGUGAUCCCUGCUGGCCAGACAGCAAGGGAGGGGAAGGAGGCCCCCAAAAGAAAAGCAAGUACCUCCACUCCCAAGGCUGCUAGAAAUGGAGGUCCUGCCAUGCUCCAAGGAGAUCGGUCUCCUCAAGGCCUCAAAAAGGUGCUUUUCCAGGACUCCGACAGCAAAAUGACUACAGUGAGAUCCAAAACGCGCCGUUGCUCUGGACACCGAAGCUUUGUGGGUGGCCCCCACAAGGGCCGUAGGGCCUCCUUGGCAGAAAAAUAUUCACUGGCCAGCAAAAGAGAGAGCAUGAUCCGGAGGUCUAUCAGCAGGGCCAUUUCAAAGAAGGCAGCGGCGCGAGAAUCAUCCUCUGCCUCCAGCAGAGUGAGCUGUCAAAGCUCCUUGGAGGUUUUUGUGGAAGAAGAUGUGACCAGCAGCAUGAGACCUGGACUGGAACUGAAUCCUCCAAGUGAAAAGACUCCUGAAGACAUCCUCACUUCAAGCAAAAGUAUAAAAGCUGCCAGCCCUCCUGCACAGCACUUAUCUCCUCCUCAGCAGCAGGCAGCAAACAAUGAAGGAAGCUGUGUAAAUCCAAACGGUGAAAGCCAGAACAAGAACCAGGAACAACCCCACUGUGCCACCUCUCAGGAGAAUCCCUCACGCAUCUGGACGAGAAGCUAUAAACAAGCAAUGGAUGUUAUAUGGAAUGGGCAGCAGCCAGUGGGUCAUACCCUUUCCCCUUUGGAUGACAAGUACAAGAAUUCAGCAAACCAGACUCCACCUUCUUCCUCUCCAGCUAGCAAAGUUGUUAGACCAUUGAAAAACUUCCUGCAGGCUGUGCAGCGAAACCAGCUGCUCGCAAGCCCAGGGCCCACAGGACGUGGGGGUGUCAUAAAGAACUUCAUCAAGCGCAAUACUCCCACCCGACCUGAUCUUAAGGGAGACUUUGUUGAGAAGGAGCGGCAGAGACUGGAGAGCCUCAGGAAGAAGCAGGAGGCUGAGGAACAGAGGAAAAAGAAAGUGGAGGAAGAGAAGAGACGUCGGCAGGCAGAAAUGAAGCAGAAGAGGGAAGAGCGUCUGAGGAAGGCACUGCAGGCUCGGGAGCGGGUGGAACAAAUGGAAGAAGAGAAGAAAAAGCGGAUGGAACAGAAGAUUUUACAGAAUGAUGAGAAGGUGCGCUCCUCGCAAGUGCGGGAAGAGAAAGUGGCAGAGGAGCGGAGCAAGAAAAAGCUGUCAAAGAAGCAUGGGGAAGCUGAUGCACGGAAGCAGAAGGCGCUGAGGGAAGAUGAAUUUGAUCAGCAAGAACCACUGCAGAAAAGGAGAGAGGAUGAAGUAAAAGAAAAAGGAAAGAAAGUCUUGGAACUGAAAAAUCUUGUAGAGCAGCAACAGGUGGAACAAGUGAAGGAGAGGGAUCACAAACAGCGAGGGAAGGAGAAGGCCCCCCAACCACAGCUGGAGUCAGCAGUGUUUACUGAAAAAAACAUAAAGGAGGAAGAGAGCCCAAAAGUGCUGCACCAGCAGCCUGGGCAGGAGAAGAGGGCCAAGCAACCAGAAUCUGUUGCCAUGUUUUCUAAUACCUGGCUCAAAGUGGUAAAGGAGGAAGAUGGUCUGCAGAAGCCCCAGCAGCAGCUGGGAGAGGAGAAAAAAAUCAAGCAACCAGAAGCAUUGACUGCUGCCUCUGGCAUAUGGCUGGGCAAAACUGUAAAGUGCCAGAGCUUCGAGAAAUCUAUCUCCACGUCCUACUUGGGGCCCCUGAAGGGCACAAAGGAAUCGAGAUCCCCAGAGGUAAACGAAAAUAACUACGGGAUGGAUCUGAACAGUGAUGACUCCACAGAUGAUGAGAAUGAACCUCGGAAGCCUGUCCCUGCCUGGGCUGAUGGGUUUCAGCUUAAUCAAGCUGUUUUACACCAAUACUAUCACCCAGUGAAUGUUGACCAAGUCUUUGGGCUAAUUCCAAGCCCUAAGCUGGAGGAUAUUUUUGGCAAGAGCAAGCCUCGCUACUUCAAGCGCACCAGCUCAGCAGUUUGGCAAUCCCCGCCUGGAACCAAAUCUACCUGUGGCCCAUCUUGCAACUUCAAAAACUGA